AUGGUUACCUCCGGAGACGAAUAUAAGAGUACCUCUUCACAAGGCAUGGCUGCCUAUGCUGCUCCUUCGCUUUUCCAGCCUCACAAAGCCCGUCAAGCCAUCCGAGACGCCCACGCAAAGAAGAUUCCGCCACUGCUUUGUUACUACGCAGGGUUGAGCUCCAUCCCCAUUACCCGGUACUUGGCCCCUAUGGGCUUCGAUGCCGUAUGGAUUGAUUGGGAGCAUACCCCAUGCAACACGGAAACCAUGACGACGAUGGUUCACGAGGCUUCAUUCAUGAGCCAAGGCCGCACUAUUCCAUUCGUUCGCCUCCCCGGCCACGAUCACGCUACCAUUGGGUAUGCUCUCGAUGCCGGCGCCAGCAUCGUCAUCCCUCAAGUCGAGACAGUUGAACAAGCAGAACAUGCCAUUGCCGCCGCUAAGUUCGGCACUGCGCAGAACGGCACGCGAUCCUUACCGCCUUUCCGUCUUGUGCCCGGUCUUACCGAUACUCCGUAUGACCACCGCGACCUGCACAAGUGUCUCAAUGAUCAGGCCGCCAUUAUGAUUCAGAUCGAGUCAGCCCAAGCUGUCAAGAACCUCGAUGAGAUUCUGACGGCUUGCGGUUCAGAUAUCGACAUCGUCUGGUUUGGCACUCUUGAUGCCCGAGUCAGCAUGAACCUCGAGGCCAAGAUGGGAGGGAUUGGAGCUUCUGAACCUGAAUGGGUCAAGGUGUCGAAGCUAUUCUUUGAUACCAUUGACAAGCACGAUAAGCCUUUGCGGGCUUUGCGUUUGGCGGGCCUCCUUAUGGGAGUCCAGAGGUCCUGA